UAGUCACUUUGAAAGGUGUUUUCGGAUUUGGUUAAAUCAUUGAAAUGAUUGUUGUGAUUUCAACAAUAUACAUUUAUUUCCCAUCAUGCUGACAUUAUAACAUGAUGAAUUGAAUUAACUCCUUUUGUAAAGUGACACUGAGACAGAAAUAUUGAGGCAAUGCAAUUUACUUUCACAGAGAUGACAGGAAACACACCACAGAGUGAAAAUUACCUGGUGCACAUGUUUUGACUAAUCAUUCAGGGGUGGAGAGAGCAGUUUGAUCACUCUGAAUUAAAACAUGAUGUUUAAUACAGACAUUUGAGCAGUUUAUUAAGUCGACCUGUUUGUCUUUCUCACAGGCGUCUCAUCAUGAGGAACAGGUUACAGUUGGUGCUUUUCUCAGCUCUGUUGCACGUGACGCUCUCUUGGCUUCAUGAGUUUGUCUAUGUGCCCGGGCCCAUGAACUGGACGAAUGCGCAGAAGUACUGCAGACAGCAUUACUUUGAUCUCGCCACCGUCAAUGACCAGGCAGAUCACGACGAGCUGCUGAAAACUGUAGGAAUGGGACAUGUGUGGCUUGGAUUGUCUCGCACUACAUAUCCUGGACCCUAUGUCUGGUCAGAUCAGAGUAGCUCCACAUUCACAAAAUGGUUUCCUGGAAAACCGGACAAUCAGUUGUGUGCUAAAGUUUACAAUGGUUUUUGGUAUGACAGCAACUGUAAAUAUACUAAUGCAUUUGCGUGUUAUAUUGAUCGGAAGAGACAGAUUGUGAAACUGGAGGUGAAAUCAAGUCAAAAUCUGAAUGAUCCUGGAGUGAUGGACAAGAUUUUAUCGAAGAUGGAGCGGAUCCUGAAGGAGAAGGGAGUGACAGAAUAUGCUAAACUUUCAUGGAGAACCCAAUCUGAUGGGAAUGUCUUCCAAAAGAAGGAGCAGAAGAGUGAUGCCUCUAAACAGACCUGCGUUUCAAAUCUGUGGAAAUAAACAUUUACUGUACCACAUAACUACACUG